UGUGUCGUUCUGGAGUUGCAGUGAUCUGAAUACUCUUCUGUAAACAUCAUCAUGUGGGCUGAAGAUGAUUUGAGUCCAGGAGUUCCCUCUCUUGAAAGCUUCUCUGUACCUGCUGAUGGGAAAGUGUAUCGAAUGUAUCACGGUACCUCUCGACAGGCUGCUGACCAAAUCAAGAGAACCGGUUUUAAACAAUCUCCAGGCGGCAUGUUAGGGUGUGGUGUGUACCUCAGUCGGGAUCUUAAUAAGGCCAGUAGAUACCCUUUGGAUCUUCCUGAGCACCAGAGAGUUGUUAUAAGGGUGAGAGUCAAUGUUGGGAAAGUAAAGAAAAUCGAUCGUCAAGGUCACCCACUGCAGAAAACCUGGCAUGAUCAUGGGUACGACACUGCUUGGUGUCCUCCUCAAUGUGGCAUGGUUCCAAGUGGUCUAGAAGAAGAUUGUGUGUGGGAUCCAAGACGUAUUCAGGUUAUUGAUGUAAUAUGUCCAAGACCAACACUAGUACACCAGUUUCCUGUAUAUACUCAUCUGAAUUUCAACAUGUGGGCUGAAGAUGAUUUGGGUCCAGGAGUUCCCUGUCUACAGAGCUUCUCUGAACCUACUGAUGGGAAAGUGUACCGAAUGUAUCACGGUACCUCUCGACAGGCUGCUGACCAAAUCAUGAGGACUGGUUUUAAACAAUCUGCAGGCGGCAUGCUAGGGCGUGGUGUGUACCUCAGUCGGGAUCUUAAUAAGGCCAGUAGAUACCCUUUGGAUCUGCCUGAGCACCAGAGAGUUGUUAUAAGGGUGAGAGUCAAUGUUGGGAGAGUGAAGAAAAUCGAUCGUCAAGGUCACCCACUGCAGAAAACCUGGCAUGAUCAUGGGUACGACACUGCUUGGUGUCCUCCUAAAUGUGGCAUGGUUCCAAGUGGUCUGGAAGAAGAUUGUGUGUGGGAUCCAAGUCGUAUCCAGAUCAUUGAUAUAAUUCGUCCACGAAUAUAAUCCGCAACAUUCCACGACUGUUAAAUGUGAUCUGAAUACUCUUCUGUAAACAUCAUCAUGUGGGCUGAAGAUGAUUUGGGUCCAGGAGUUCCCUGUCUUGAAAGCUUCUCUGAACCUGCUGAUGGGAAAGUGUACCGAAUGUAUCACGGUACCUCUAUACAGGCUGCUGCCCAAAUCAUGUUAAAUGGCUUUAGACAAUCUGCAGAUGGCAUGCUAGGGCGUGGUGUGUACCUCAGUCGGGAUCUUAAUAAGGCCAGUAGAUACCCUUUGGAUCUGCCUGAGCACCAGAGAGUUGUUAUAAGGGUGAGAGUCAAUGUUGGGAAAGUAAAGAAAAUCGAUCGUCAACGUCACCCACUGCAGAAAACCUGGCAUGAUCAUGGGUACGACACUGCUUGGUGUCCUCCUGGAUGUGGCAUGGUUCGAAGUGGUCUAGAAGAAGAUUGUGUGUGGGAUCCAGCACGUGUUGAGGUUAUUGAUAUAAUUCUUCCCUGUCUCCAGAGCUUCUCUGUACCUGCUGAUGGGAAAGUGUACCGAAUGUAUCACGGUACCUCUCAAUAUGCUGCUGCCCAAAUCAUGAGAAACGGCUUUAAACAAUCUGAAGUCGGCAUGUUAGGGCGUGGUGUGUACCUCAGUCGGGAUCUUAAUAAGGCCAGUAGAUACCCUUUGGAGCUGCCUGAGCACCAGAGAGUUGUUAUAAGGGUGAGAGUCAAUGUUGGGAGAGUGAAGAAAAUCGAUCGUCAAGGUCACCCACUGCAGAAAACCUGGCAUGAUCAUGGGUACGACACUGCUUGGUGUCCUCCUGGAUGUGGCAUGGUUCGAAGUGGUCUAGAAGAAGAUUGUGUGUGGGAUCCAGCACGUGUUGAGGUUAUUGAUAUAAUUCGUCCACGAAUAACAGUAGGACCAUUCCAUGACUGUUAAAAUGUUGUAAAUAUGUAUCAGUGUUUACAGAAGAUAAAAUCAACACUGUCAAAGUUUCAAGUCUAAAAUGACUGUAAAUUAAUAAAAGAACUGAAAACAUCUUCA